UUUUCCUUUUCCUUUCUCAGCUCAGAUGAACCUAUAAGGCAGGUCAGCGUUGCCAAAUCAAGUCGUUCUUCCGCUAACAGGAACUAUCCUGCAAAUAGUUCUGUGAACCAGAACAUUCCCCGGGAAAGAUGGCAGGGAAUUCGAUAUUGCUGGCUGCACUCUCUGUCCUCUCAGCCUGUCAGCAAAGUUAUUUUGCUAUGCAGGUAGGAAAGGCGAGAUCGAAAUACAAAGUUACACCCCCAUCAGUCUCUGGGUCGCCAGACUUUGAGAGAAUAUUUCGUGCACAGCAAAACUGUGUGGAGUUUUACCCAAUAUUCAUAAUUACAUUGUGGAUGGCUGGAUGGUAUUUCAACCAAGUUUUUGCUACUUGUCUGGGUCUGGUGUACAUCUAUUCCCGUCACCAGUAUUUCUGGGGAUAUGCAGAAGCUGCUAAAAAAAGGAUCACUGGUUUCCGGCUGAGUCUGGGGAUUUUGGCCUUGUUGACUGUCCUAGGUGCCGUGGGGAUUUUGAACAGCUUUCUGGAUGAAUACCUGGACAUCGAUAUUGCCAAGAAACUGAGGCACUUCUAACAUUUCACCUUCCUUUGUGCAAAUGCUUAUAGGAGAUGUUUCCACUCUCAAGGUUAGAUGGUGCCAUUUGUUCCAUUAAAAGAAAUACAAUUCUC